AUGGACCACAAUGAUACUGAUGGUGCAAACAGGAAGCUUGAAAGAGCAGCAGCAGUGGGGGACAACAGCUAUGCGGAUUCCGAGAAAUCGGCAUCCCUGAGAAGGGCCGUCACCAACGAAAGCAACCGAUCCGAUGCAGCGGCAUCCCCCAUUCUUCCUCCGCCGGGAACCGCUCCCUAUGCGCACGGCGUCGGCGCCCAAAACCAGGCCACCUCGAGCAUGUCCAACCUCGCCGACCCGCGGAUCGACAGCCAUUCCGACAUCAAACACUAUGCAUCGGACAUGAACCUACGGGCCAAGUUCGGCUCCAUGAAUGGGUCUUCGGCAAGCUUGGCACACGGCCCGGGUCCGGCUCUCUCGCCGCGCCCCCAAACAGCAAACGCCAAGAGCAAACCGUGGGACAACUCUGAUCUUCCCGAAAUUCCCACCAUGAAGAAGGCCUCGACCGCACCUAUUGCGCCCAGGUCCCCUUUGAGUCAGGUUGCCACAGAUCUUCCAGCGCCCAUGGACGCCAACGUUAUUCACUCGCCGGUAAAGGAGAAGGUGGAGGCAACCGUGAGACUGGUUCAGUCAGAUGAGGAUGCGGAGGACGCGCUAGGAGCGAUCUCAAAAGACCAGGAGGUUCUGGAGCGGAAUGUUGCGGAGGAAAAGAUCUCGGACGAGAUGUCGCCCACUGAGCCUUUGGCAAGACCUCACUAUAUGUCUCCGCUAGACCCUCUCAAUGGGCCAGGCCCGGUUUUGAAGAACAUCGACGAGAGACCUAGUAGCCGGGGCGGCAUGCAGGAUGGACCGCCGGGCCCAGUGUGCAGAGGGAACAUCGACGAAAGACCAGGUAGCCGAGGAGGAAUGCAUGGCGGACCUGGUGGCCCUGGACCGGUGUUUCGAGGCAACAUUGACGAAAGACCUGGAAGUCGAGGUGGGAUGCGUGAUGGACCGGGUGGUCCCGCGCCAAUCUUUCGUGGUAACAUUGAUCAGAGACCCGGUAGCCGAGGUGGCAUGCCUAUGAACGGCCCCAAUGGCCCGAAUGGUCCUAACGGCCCGCCCCGUCCUUUCCCACCCCAUGGCCAUGGUCCCCCUCGUCAUGGACCACCAACACAUGGUCUUCCACACCCCCCUGGACCUCGCACAGGACCUCCAGGACCCCGUGGACCCGGACCCCAUCCGGGACCUCACCAAGGGCCUCACCCGGGGCCUCCGCGCCAAGGACCGCCUUACCGAGGACCGAUGCCGCAUCAGGGCCCUCCUCACCCGGGGACACCCAACCGAGGACCGCCACGCCAAGGACCCCCUCGCAACGGCAUUCCUCCCCAGGGCACUCCCCGCCAAGGAUCUCCUCAUCAGGGAGCGCCUCAGCAUGGAUCUCCCCAUGGCGCUCCUUAUCGUGGAACCCCCCCUCCUCAUGGACCGCCACGCGGGCCUCCUCCCCAUGGGCCUCACCAGUCUGGUCCUCACCCUGGCCCUCACGGUCCCCCACAUGGUCCCCAUCAUGGGCCUCCUGGACCUCUGCGUCCUGGACUUCUUCGCGGCCCCCCCCCUCAUGGAUCUCCCCGUCAAGGACCUCCGCGUCAGGGAUCUCUGGCCCAGGGCCCUCCACAUGCUGGCCCUACGCCACUUUCUGCGCCUAACAACAAGCCGCUCCCUCCGCCAAACAAGCCGCUUCCUCAGCAGCCCGGUGGACCUACACCCCUUACUGCGCCGAACAAGCCUCUUCCUCAACAACCAGGCAUGGACACCCGUGGUCCUCUGCCGCAAGGACAUGCGACUUUGGGGGAUCUCCCACGCCUCCAGAUUCCUGGUUCAGAUAGCCGUCCUCAAAGUCCUGCUGUGAAGACUCCUAGCCCGGUCAAACGUAGCCAAGAGGAAGAAGCAAGCCCGAAAACUGUUCCCAUGCCGGAUACCGUCUUGUCGCCGACGACUGUGUCCGAGGCCGAAACCAGGGGCAACUCGCCAUCGCCUCCGGAAUCCAUCACUGAACACCUGCUCGACGACGAUGACUCAAUUUUCUCCAGGCCGAUUAUCAAAACCCUCGGAGCGAGACGUGACACACUGACCAUUAUUUCUCCUCGAAGACACAGUCUCUCGAUGAAGAUUGAAGAACUGGAACGGAGCCUCAUCGGUGCCCAGAAAGGUCGAAGCCUUGACGAUCAGCAACGCAGCUUUGACGACAAGAGCCUGAGUUCUGCCAGCAGCAUUUAUAGCCAGUUACAUUUGUCGGAAGAUGAAGACGACGACGAGCCGAUUCUGUCAUCGAUCCAGCCAGCGCCGCUGCGUACUCCCACAAAGACCAGCAACACGAACCCGAUGAUCGCCGACAUGUUUUUCGAAUCGCCGACAGCAGAAGACCCGCCAACUCCGAUUGCCAAGGACGAUCCCGAAACGCCCAUCAUCAGUGACCAUCCAGGGUCAUUCAGCAGUGCGGGCGGUAGCGGCUAUGGAAUGCCAACCCCGAGGCGAGGAGGACCACCAGCUGCAGCAUUCAGAACUCGCCGCCCUGCUCUCGAAGAGUACAGCUUGUUCAGCGGCCGAUCGACACCCGUUUCCCGCCCAGGACGAUCAGACACGGCAUCCACAACCGGCGGCAACAUGAGCUCUCCGUACCCGGGCACCGCCGACAGCAGCACCUUCAACUCGCCCCAGCGUUCCAACACACCACAACUCUGGCAUCCUCCUGCGCGACACAACCCGCCAACCCCGGCUCUGACUCCCGACCCCGAGCCAUACCGACCAGCCGCCAGUCCGCUCGCCAAUGCCGGCUUUAACUUUGACUUCGGCCCUCAACUGACCCCUUCCGUCCCGAGCCAGAACCUCAGCCCUAGCUCCACCUUCGGCGGCCCGACAUCCGCUCCCUCCGUCACCACCACCACCGGCCCUUCAACCCCAGACUCAAUGGUCGGCCCUGGUCCCGCCAUCAUCUCCCCCCUGAAGCCCGCUCCUCCCCGCUCCCCAACCCUCAACAGGCCGCACAUCCCUGCGCCGCUCAACUUCAACUUUAGCCCCGACGUUGACUCCCGCAGCACCACCACUCCGCCCGCGAUCGACGGCACCUUCGAUGGACUCUACGAAGACGGCACAGGCGCAGGAGGCAUAGGAACAAGACCCUCAACGGCGUUGGGCGCGCAUAGACCACCGCCCAUGACGCCCAUCUUUGGCCAACAUCCGCCCAGGGCACCGAGUAGGGCACAGACGCCCCUGCUUGGCGGUGCGGAUGAAGACCCCGAGGAAGUGGCCAGGGUUUUGGGGAUUGGUGUGGCGAGGGGGUUGAGCGUUAAGCAGCCGAAGCAGAGGGCGCCGGAACGGCCGCCUGUGCCGAACCCCACGUUGGUGGAUGGGUUUGGGACUGGGAUGAUUUAG